AUGUCCCUCUUCAAAGAGACUACUCGGCUAUGUCGGCUCGCCCAUACAGGCAGUCAUGUUUCGAAGGGCCUUUGUCCCCAGAGCAGAUACUUCAGUCGAACUGCAUCAAUCUCCGCUCCAAUCACCGCGGAGGAAGUUCAAGGCGCACAUAAAUACUGCGUUGCUCUUCUCUCAAAAUAUGACCGACCUUCCUACACUCUCAGUACCUUCAUCCCGUCCCACGCCCGAUCAUUCUAUAUUGCCCUGCGCGCCUUGAAUGUCUCUCUCUCGAUGAUCGCAGACACGACCUCCUCACAUACCAUUGGCCUAAUGAGACUCCAGUUCUGGCGGGACUCGGUAGCGAAAAUCCUGGCCGGCUCACCUCCCAAGGAACCGGUUGCCAUUCUGCUCGCUUCGGCGAUCUCCGAAUUGAACGAGCGUACGGAGGGUCGCACACGUAUCAGCAAGGGCUGGUUAACAAGGCUCAUCAACGCGCGCGAACAGACCCUCACCAACGAUCCGUACCCUGACAUCGCCGCCCUCGAGUCUUACGCUGAAAACACCUAUUCAACAUUGAUGUACCUGACCCUCUCAGCACUCCCGAUGACCUCGGUCACAGCAGACCACGUUGCGUCGCAUAUCGGUAAAGCAGUGGGCAUUGCUGCAGUAUUGCGAGGCCUGCCGCUUGUUGCGUUCCCAGCACCCGCGCCACAAGCGCCUGGAGGCGGCGCGGGGAACAUCGGGCUGAGUGGUGGAACCAAACAGGGCGCCGUUAUGUUACCGCUGGACAUCAUGGCGCAAAAUGGCGUUAAAGAAGAGGAAGUGUUGCGGCGCGGUGCUGAGGCCGAGGGCCUGCGUGAUGCGGUUUUCGCCGUUGCGACACGCGCCAGUGAUCAUUUGAUUACGGUGGAGCAGAUGCUGAGCAAUCUCCGCGCUGGAAAGGACGUCGGACACGAAUUCGAACACGAAGGCGAAGAGGGUCAUGAGUAUGAUAAUGCAGUAGCCGGGGCUUCGAGGGGCGGCGAAUCACCUCUUGAGGAGGUCAACAGAGCAUUUGGCGUCUUCAUGCCCGCUGUUGCGACACGCUUGUGGCUGGACCGACUACAGCAGCACGAUUUCGAUGUCUUCCGCCCUGAAUUACUACGGGGAGACUGGAGGCUCCCCUGGAAGGCCUACAUGGCAUUCCAACGGAAGAGUAUCUGA